CAUAAUGUUUGCUCAUGGAACCCCAUGGCAUGACGGUCUCACGUCUGUUCCCCUCAAAUAGAGAAAUUCGGAAAACGUCCAUGAUUCACUUCCCUUGCCUACCUUUCUGUGUCCCCCCCUUGGGAAGCUGCCUCCGCUAAAUUAGUCUCCAUGACGUCUGAUACAUAUCAUCCUAAUAAGACCUUCAAGGACGUUGUUAGGCACUUUGCUCCAGCAUGGUUUGCCGUCAUCAUGGGCACAGGCGCUAUCAGCACCCUGUUCCAUGCGUUCCCCUACGGCACUGGUUCCCAGGGAUUGAGAAUAAUGACACUCAUAUUCUUUUUCCUCAAUUUAUGCCUUUUCAUCACCUUCUGCGCCAUCUCCCUCGUCCGUUAUAUCACGUUCCCCGACAUCUGGGGUAUCAUGAUCCGGCAUCCUGUCCAGAGUCUUUUCACCGGUACUUUCCCAAUGGGUGCUAUCACAAUUCUGAACAUCGCUGUCAGCCUCAUCCACGACGACUACGGUUUUGGCGGUAAGCCAUUCUUGUACGUCCUAUGGGCCUUCUGGUGGUUGGACGUGAUAAGCUCCUUCCUUUGUUGCUUUGGUGUCAUGCACUUCAUGAUAACGGCCCAGAAACACUCGUUGGAAUCUAUGACAUCCGUUUGGCUCUUACCCGUAGUCACAUUGAUUGUCGCUUCGUCAGGCGGCUGGAUGAACCAUGCGGUUAUCACCGCUACGUUCUCUAUAUUCAUGGUCUCCAUCGGACUCUCCAUUGCCUUGAUGAUGUUGACGGUGUACCUGCUGCGCCUCGUUGUUCCAUGGCCUCCCAGCCGGCGCGGGAAUAACAUCGGAUACUCUAUCCUUCUUCUUGGACAAUUCUUCAAAUCCGUAUUACCUCUUAACUACGGCGAUUCCGAAUUAUUGAAUGAUGCGGCGACUGGUGCCACGAUACAUGUUAUCUGCACCAUCAUUUCCUUGAUUCUGUGGUCCCUUGCAUCCAUGUGGUUAUUCUUCGCCGUCCUAGGUGUACAGAACGUCCUCCGUCAAACACGAAUUCCCUUCAAGGUACAAGUCUGGGGCAUCAUUUUCCCGAACGGUGUAUACGCUAACCUUACUCUGAGUCUCGCCAGCACUUUCGACUCGCCGUUCUUCCGCGUUUGGGGUUCGAUUUACUCUGUUGCGACGUUGAUUGUCUGGUGCUUAGUUGCAUCCCGCACGGUUAUGUUGGCAUGGAACAAGCAGAUAUUUGAGGCCCCGUGUUUGGGUGAUAUAGAUAUGGCUCAAAAGAACAAGUGCAAAGAGACGGAACUGCAGGCAAUCAACCCUGUCUGCGCUAACGGAAAUAGUACCGAUACUGUACAUUUAACGUGACUUGCUUAAUCACCUCUUAGAUAGAAUGAGAAAUUUUUUGUAUU